UUGAUCGAGUCGAGAUCGGAGAUUCGGCGGGAUUUUCGGACCUUUUUCUGAAAACCGGUGUAGCUUAGUGCAACCUGUGUUUUUUUUAAGGACUGUAGGGAAUAGUAAUCAGUUGGGUGCACUUUUUGGGAUCGUGCUAGAUUAUUUUUAAAUCUGAAGCAGCUGUUGAGAUCAAGUGGAACGAUUUUCGGUCGAUCACAGACCCAAUUGAAAGUGGAUUGUUGCAGUUUGGCCUGUGUGAAGCAAAUCUGGUGGUGCCUUUCAAUUAGACAAUCAACGGGGUUCUUCAGAAAGUGCAUAGUUUUUUCGUUUAUCCCUGAAGCCUGGGUUGUGAAACUUUGAACGAGCGCUGCAUAACCUUCAACCUUUGAUCGCGAGCUGAUUGAACAGCCGCUGAAAAUGAUGUUGCGAUUGCUGAUAACGACGGCCUGUCUGGUGACACAUGGCCUCGGUCGGCCUGAUGUUUCACACCUCUUCAAGCAGAAUGUGCCCCGAAAUCGACAGCCCCGAAACUUCCGCUCCAAUGGUACCGAUUUGGAGACCCGAGUGGCUAACGAGAAUGAGUUCAAUGUUUUCAACAUCCGAACGCCAGUCAGCGGAUCCGAGGUAAAUGGUUUGGGGGCUAAAUCAUUCUUUCCACAGCAAAAAGCGAAUGCUAAUCGGGUAUUCCGAGAUUCUGUUAAGCCUUCCCCGUUCAAGAAAAAUACCGCCGAGUAUGGGUAUACCUAUGACAAACCUACAGAUCCGUUCGAUUUUCCCAUCAAUCCGGAUGCAAAUUUGAUCAAACCGGUUUCUACGCAAGCUCCCGAGUACCUGCCUCCGGUUGACUUAGGAGAUUUUCCGGAUGUGAAUUCGGGCUUCCAAAAUCCACAAUGCCCUGGUUCAAUCUGUCCAAGCGGUCCAGGAUCGGAAUCACAGGUCCCCGAGCAGCCAUACGUUCAUCAACCCAAUCAACCAGGUGGUUCUCAACCUCCAAAUGGAUUCCCUUAUCCGUCUUCACCACAGACUCCUGUAACAGAUAGUUAUCCAAACUAUCCACAAUCUUCCUCUACGAAUGGUGAAAUUUCAGACUAUCCAACAUCCUUUAGUCCACCGACACCUCAACAGGGGUCAUCUCCAGGUCCGAAUCAGUUUACCGGUUAUCCACAGGCAUCGACGCCAAGCGAAGGAUUCCCAAGCUAUCCUCAAGGAUCAUCUCCAAGUUCACAACAGCCACAAUCUCCAGGAAUCGAUCAACCAUACGGUUCCACAAACCCUGCUCAGGGAUCAACUCCGCAACCUCUGCCCUCAAACGGCUACACUCCUCAAGGUUCUACACAACCUCCAACAAAUGGUUUCACCGGCUACGACCAACCAUCUUCUCCGAGUAAUGGCUUUACCGAUUAUCCUCAAGGAUCGUCACCAGGUCCUCAACAGCCUUCAUCUCCAAAACCUCAGUCCUCAAACGGUUACACUCCACAAGGUUCAACGCAGAGACCAACAAAUGGUUUCACCGGCUACGACCAGCCUUCUUCACCGAGUAAUGGCUUUACCGAUUAUCCUCAGGGAUCAUCACCAGGACCUCAGCAGUCUUCUACCCCGAAACCUCAGUAUCCUUCUACUGGUUCUAAUGACUUCUCUCCAAGUUUUGGUGAAGAUUUUACCACUCAAGGUCCCACUCAAGGCUAUCCCCAGGGGACAACCCUGAGUCCAUUCAGCCAAAAUCCCGAUAUUCCAGUGACACCUGAAGACGGAUCGACAGGUUAUACCCAGGGACCGGCUACUCAAAGUCCAACUACAGCUGCCGAUAAGUACCCAAGCAAACCCGAUCUUGUUCUUCCUCCUAAUUUGAAUGAAGUGAUAGGUGAACCUGGUGACAUCAAUGAACUUGCCACAACUAUACUUUCCACAACGACCACUCGUAAGCCCAAUGGAUACAAUAUUCCUCCUAAACCCUACCCAGAGUUGAUUGUACCCAAAGAACAAGAGCCAACUCAGCAAACCACCGGCAGACCAGAGGUUCCGUCAACGGUUGCUUCAACUUCACGACCUUCAUAUGGAGAAAUACCCUCGACCAAUGCCCCCGAAUAUCUGCCUCCAGAUGAUCAGCCUCAGCAACCGGAAAAUCCUGGUUACACUCAACAGCCAACGACAACAAGCUCCAGCUACCCCGGAAGCAAUCCUAGCCUAGGAACAACUCAAAAACCAAGUUCAACCGGUUCUACAGAUAGUCCUUAUCCGUACGAACCAUGUUCUCCGGGAUCUGGUUGUACCCCGGAUUACCCACGACCGAAUGAUGAAACUACGUUCGGCUCAAGUUAUGCUGACACAACUACGACUAGCAGAUAUCCAAGUCAGGACACGACCACCAAUAGGCCUUCAACAAACUACGGACCAUCUUUCCCAACGACUGGGGAGUCCGAGUACCCUUCUCAAGGUCAGACUACCUCUACCACCACCUACGAACCGUUUGAGAGCACUUCCUACGAUCCUCAGUCAUCUACCUCGAAACCCACAGGUCAACCGUUGUACUCAACUACCACGGAACAACCCUUCAAUACGACAGGUUCCACAUCGGCUCCCGAGUACCUACCUCCAGAUAACGAGCCAAGCCAACCAAGUUAUGGUCAACCGUCAACUUACCCUCCGGCUUACAACCCACAAUCAACCAGUCGACCAACGAUUCCUUCCGACAGUCUAAUCAACGGUCAAGAUCAAUCACCAGGCUUCCUUCCAUCCCUUCCAACAAAAUCCCCGACCGAGCAGAUGGCCAUCAUCUCGGAGAUCAACGGCCUGGACAGUGACACCAACAACGGAUAUCUACCACCCCUCCCAACCAUCGAAACCGGAAUACGGAUCGUCGUCGAAGAUACCCCUUCAUCGGAAUCCAGUGAUCGUAGCACCAGUGAGGCACCCACGACGUCCAUCGAAACGUCCACGACGCCCAGUGAACCUUCUUCUACAAACGAAACCCCUUCGCCCAGUGAAUUUUCUACACCCUCCAGCGAGACCCCUUCAAUCUUCUCAAGUGAUCCAACUCCAUCUACGGAAUCUCCUUCCCCAACUGGUUCCCAGUCCGAAGUUGAUGAACCUUUCCCAACUGAGCCAGUACCAUCAUCUAGUGAACUUCCUCAGCAACCCCAACAAACAACCGACAAAAUCACAACGUAUCAUCCAUCAUCAACGGAGCGAACGCCAGAGCCAGACCCGGAGCAGCCUUCCUCGACCGAUCCCGAACCGGAAGCGGCGGAGGGUUCCGAAAUCCAAACCCAACUAGCGACCGUCAGUCCUCGUUUCGAUGGCAACGACGAACAAGUUCCCCAGCAGCAAAAACAACCGCAGCAGGACAAAGUGCCAUCGUCACCGGUGCCGGUGCCAUCUUCCGGGGUCAUCCCUUCGCAUACGCUAGACGCAAACGGUUACCACUACCGGGUUCCCAGUAUUCCGUUUCCGGGAUGAGCGAAGGCGUGUGGGAAGUAGAUCUCUUAAUUUUUUUUUCUAGUGUAUAAGAUGGCGGACGGUCGAUCGUUGAGACCCCUAUCCUAGAGCGUGUCGAAGCUCUCUGUUUUAUUGUGAGUUGAAGGAAGAAAAAAAGUGUUGCCAGACUUUCAAAUUUGAUGUGAUAUUUGAACCACAACUGCUUGAGGGUGUUUACAAAUGACA